AUGGAGAUUCGUGAGGUCAACUUCAAUGCAAGGGUCCUGCGUGGGAAGACCGAUCCACCCAUGGCGACGUACAUCAGCCCACCACGGCCAAAUAAGCAGAAGUUGCCACCGCCCACGCCACCGCAGUCACAAUCUAUUGACACCGAGAAGAAUAUGUACGAUGCAUCUUCGAUGUUCUCUUACGCCACCGCGGCCGACUCCCUGCGUAUGAUGAAAAUAGAUGGGAGGAAUUACGCACAAUGUCCCUGUGCAACAUGCACGCAGUACCGUGUCUACUACGCGAUGAGGAUGGCAGGAAAUCCCGAAUUGCAGUUCGAUAACUCAUACGCGGCAUCCACAAUGUGCGUCCCAACUAUGUACAGUCGAAAAGCAUCACAAUUACCACCACCACCACCACAACAACAACAGCAGCCAUCUACAGUGUCCACUAUGCCGCGUCGGGAUGUGGCGCCUGUAUUAACCAUAGGGACUCAGCGACCGACGGCGCGGCCUGCGCCCCACGCUUGCGUCUUUAACCAGUCAAUACCACAGCAACAACAACAACAACAACAACAAGAACAAGAACAAACUUUAAAACAACACUCUGAGGCUGCAGUUUCUGGGCUCACAACACAUGGUGCAAUUUUCCCUCUUGAUACCGCCGAGGAGUUUGAGCACAAGUGCAUGGGUCGAGUGGUGGAGCUUGCGUGCGCUGUCGAAGGUCGUUCUAUGCUACUGGCCGCCAUGCGCUCACAGGAUGCGAUGGUGAUCAGUACAAUGGUGAAUGAGAUCAUUGCCGAUGUGGAGACGGUGGCGCUUGAUAAUCAUGGUUGUCACGUUCUUCGUGCAUUGAUGGACUAUAUGGACGCUGAAAAAACUGCCCUACUGGUCUCUUCGUUUAACGAGACGUUGGUGCUGAAUCUGUGCACUGUGUCGCAGUACACGCGACGUAUUUUGCAGGCUCUUUUUGAGAAGCCAUUGAUUGAUCUACAGCCCAUUGUCAACGUACUGGCGUCCAAUGCACAGUACCUCGCGGCCACACAGCAGGGAUGCAUCUCGCUAAUGCGUGUUUUUGAGCUAUGCAAUGCGGAGCAGAAGGCGCAGUUGAUGGCCCCUUUGGUGCCUCUCUUCACUCACAUCUCGCUUGAUCCCUUUGGCAACUAUGUCGUACAGUGUGCCAUUGAGCGUAGUGAGAAGACAGUGGCAGCGCAGUACACGGUCUCCUGCUUUGCUGGCGAACUUUUAAACAUGAGUUGUAACAAGUACGCGAGCAACGCUGUUGAAAAGAUUAUUAAGGUCUGCGGUGAUGUGCCCGCAGUGCGACGUCUGCUGAUGGACGAGUUGAUUUUCAACCCCGCCGCCUUGUUGCAGAUGGUGCAGGACAGCUUUGGGAAUUUUGUUGUGCAGUCUAUCAUUGAGCACACGGAUAGCCCUACUGAACUGAAGCGCAUCUGCGACCGCCUGCGCCCCGCACUGCCAAGCAGCCCGUACGCGGCGAGGAUUGAGGCGAAAAUUCGCGCCAAAGCCCCUACCUCGCAGCUGCUGCAACAGCACCACCAACGCCGGCAGCAGACGCCACGCCAGAGCCAAACACGCCGGCCACGUCAAGAGUCGCAGCAGCGACGCUGA